CUUGUAGGGCUCGAUAUUAGUCGGUUGAUGAUCGCUUUCAUCAUGCUUAGCUGUAAAAACAGAUGAUCUCAGCUGUUUUUAAUUAUGACGGUCGUCGACCUGAAUUCUCUGUUUUGAUUAAAUCUUUAACCUUAAUAAGUUCAUAAUUUUUGUUACACUGCGCACCAUAUUUACUGAAAGAAAUUUGCAUCAUGAUUAAAAGUACAGCUAUAUCAUACACAUUAAAAAUGAAUAAGCUAUAUCGGCCUGGCUUCAUUAGAUGUUUUAGCGACGAUAAUACGAAUCAUCCACAUCCAAUUAAACGUACAUUAAAACUUCUUAGGAAUGAUAUGAAAAAAGUAAAACAAUUUUUCACACCCACUAGUGAAAACAAUAUUGAUAUUAAGAGAGAAAAGGAUCAUGACUCGACCUCGUUAGACAGUAGCGAAUUCCAAACACAUUGUGAUGUUCUUAUAAUUGGCGGAGGCAGCAUAGGAUCUUCUGCAGCUUAUUGGCUAAAGAAAAAAGCGAGACAAGGUCUUAAUAUUGUUGUUAUUGAACGCAAUUCACCACAGAUAUCAAAUGGGAGAGCAUUUUCAACAAUGCCCGUAGGAGGAUUGCGUCAACAAUUUUUUUUGCCUGAAAAUAUCGAAAUGUCACUUUAUGGUGCUGAAUUUAUGAGGAAUUCAAAAGAUGAACUGGGAGUUGAUAUAAACUUUGACCCGCAGGGUUUUCUUACUUUGGCUUCAGAAGAGAAUGCCGAGUUACUUAAUAAGAUGUCAAAGCUACAAAAUGAAUUCGGUGCGCGCACUGAAAUUCUAACGGCUGAGCGGUUAAAAUUAAAAUAUCCAUGGUUAAACGUUGAAGAUGUUGCGAUCGGGUGUCAAGGUCUUGAAAAACAUGGAUGGUUUGAUGCAGAUAUGUUAGUAUUAGGUUUAAGAAAUAAAGCCAAAGAAUAUGGUGUACAUUUUAUAAAAUCUGAGUUGGUUGGCUUUGAGUUUCAAAAUCAACCAGAUGUAAUCAUGGAAGGUGCAACUACAGAAACUCCGUACAGUGCAUUGGACAAAGCCGUUGUUGAAAUGAGUGAUGGAGAAACUCGAACGAUUAAAUUUGCGAUAUGCGUACUUGCUACUGGUUCUAAUUCCGAACAAAUUGCCAGAAUGGCAAACAUUGGUACCGGUCCUGGAAUUUUGCAAGUACCAUUACCGAUUGCACGUCGCGAAAAUUUUAGUUACACCUUCAAAAGUGACGACAUUAACAUGCCAGGACUUGGAACGCCUUGCGUGGCUGAUUGGAAUGGCAUGUAUUUCCGAAGGGAUGGCCUAACUGGUAACUACAUUGCAGGAUUCGGUACCAAUAUGAAAAGUAAUAAGGAAUUAAAAGAGAGAAUUUUUGAAAAUACUAUUCUUCCGAAUCUGACACGUAGGUUGAAUGUACUACAAAAUGCUACCGUUACCGAGUCUUUGGAAGCUUCUUAUGAAUACAAUGUUUAUGAUGAAAAUGGUAUUAUUGGAACACAUCCGUAUUACAAUAAUUUGUAUAUUGCGACUGGAUUCUCCGGUUUGGGUUUACAGCAGUCACCUGCUGUUGGAAGAGCAAUUUCUGAAAUAAUAAUUGACGGACAAUUUCGAACUAUAGACUUAACCAGAAUAGGUUUUGACCGACUUAUCGUAGAUAGACCAAUGUAUGAAUACUCAUUUAUGUAAUAUGAACCUGCAUGCAACGAUGAUGUGACUAAAAAUAUAUUGCAUUUGUUCUGAUGCUGAUAUACCACAAGUUAUUCAUUAUUGUAGAAGUACACGGUACAAGAUACUAUUUUUGUGUAGCUUAUUUUUAUUAAAAACUACAUAAUUCUA